CAGAAGGAGAAGCCGCAGAAUACGAAGAAGACUAAGAAGCAGAAGAUUUUAAAACCUUUAUUUCCGAGUUGAUUUCGAGAUGCUGAACAAAGUUGGAGCGUUAUCCAUUUCAUCGGUGGCCAAAGCGUUGUCCAUACGCGCAAAUUCAGGCUCAGUAAUAAGAAUGGCACCAUCCAUUUUCAACCGGAGACUUCGGCUGUUUUCCACAGAAACUGGACGUGUCAGGGUGCUGUAUGAUGGCCUUUGCCCUAUUUGUGUGACAGAGAUCCGAUUCCUCAGCUAUCUGCAGCAAAACCGGCCAGGAAAAGUUGAAUUCAUUGACAUCUCCCUUCCAGAUUAUAAUGGAGAUGAAUACGGAGGAGUGAGCUACGAGAUGGCCAUGGAGGCAAUGCAUGUCAUUGAUGAGAAAGAUGAGAUUCACUGUGGAGUGCCAGCGUUUGCAGUCAUGUACAGUGCAGUGGGCCUUGGCUGGAUGGGUUGCUUUAUGAUGUGGCCACCUCUGAGGCCAUUCAUGGUCAAGGCCUACGACAUCUUCGCUAGGAACCGACUGAAGUGGACUGGAAGUGGGGAUGAGUGUGUUGCAGGGCGUUGUGAAAAGAAAUCACAAUGACUCCUGAUCAGAAAGGAAAUUAAGGAUAUAUCUAAAAGCUACUGCUACUCCUACUUUUGGCUGCUCCUGUUAGGGGUCGCCACAGUGGAUCAUCUGUUUCCAUCUCUUCCUGUCCUUUGCAUCUUCCUCUAUCAUGCCAGCCACCAGUAUGCCCUCCCUCACCAUAUCCAUAAACCUCCUCUUUGAAGAGGAUAGAGCACUAAAUAAAUCCCUUAUGGAUUUUGCAGUUGAUCCUGUGCUCUGUAUUAUACACUUGAUUCAAUGAAUUAUAAGCAUCUACUGUGUGUUUUGUUGAGCCAUAUCUUAGUGAAGCAAAAUAUCCUUUCCUAUGACACUAUAAUUCUGACUGUGCUUGAUUUGGUUCAUUUGUUUGGAAAACACAGUGAUAAAAUACAGGGCUAAAGAACACAAGUGCAACAGAGGAAAAAAAAAGCUGAUUCAUGCAGUUAAGAUUUGAUGAAAGCCUUGGGUGUACCCUUUGGGAAAACAGAAUCCUAACACUGAUAAACAAUUGUCAUGGAUGGACAGUUGUAUACACUAUAAAUGUGAAGCUGCCACUAGAUGUCACUGUAACGUGACACAAACGGUUCAGCUGCCUGACGUGAAUGUAAAGUUUUAAGUUAUUAUUCCUUGGCUGAGUUGGGAGGCAGCGUUUGUCCCCCGAAAAUAAAUGGUGU